AUGUCCACCAACCAGAGAGCAUUGAGAAGAUUGAGAACCGCUUGUGAAAGAGCAAAGAGAACCCUUUCGUCGUCGGCUCAAACCUCGUUGGAAAUCGACUCUUUGUUCGAAGGUAUUGACUUCUACACUUCCAUCACAAGAGCUCGUUUCGAAGAGUUGUGUGCUGAUUUGUUCAGAACCACCUUGGAGCCUGUGGAAAAAGUUUUGAAAGAUGCCAAGGUGGACAAGUCCCAAAUCAACGAAAUUGUGCUUGUGGGAGGCUCCACGAGAAUCCCCAAGAUUCAAAAGAUGGUGUCUGAUUUCUUCAACGGUAAAGAACCAAACAAGUCUAUCAACCCCGAUGAGGCAGUUGCUUAUGGUGCUGCAGUGCAAGCUGCUAUCUUGACAGGAGACACAUCGUCCAAGACCCAAGACUUGUUGUUGUUGGAUGUUGCUCCAUUGUCGCUUGGUAUUGAAACCGCCGGAGGAGUUAUGACAAAAUUGAUUCCUCGUAAUGCCACCUAUUCCUACGAAGAAGACUGA